GCCGGGGUCGAAAGUAUUUGGAGCUUCGUCUCCCAACGUCAACGCACGAUACCGUCUGGAUCACUCGUAAUUCAUUUUGUGCUUUUUAAUCUCCCAUUCGGUUCCGCCCCGGAAGUCACCUGAAAUAUAGAUUGAUGGUGCCUAGUUGUACCGUGUGCGCUUUUUAAAGUUUCUGCGGCAGUGGACAGCAUGUCGUUUUUGAUUCUCUCUAGAAUGAAUGCGUCCAGCCUGCUGUCGGUAUGUGUUCUAGUACUGCUGUGUGUAAGAUUGUCCCUGGAAACCGAGAAGAGCACCACGAAAGCAAUAAAUCCCUGCUGCUCCUAUCCAUGCCAAAACAAAGGGGUGUGCGUAAGAUUCGGCUUGGACAAAUAUGAAUGUGAUUGCACUCGGACUGGCUACUACGGUGUAAACUGCACAAUUCCGGAGUUUUGGACAAGAAUACAUGAAUUCCUGCGCCCCGGCCCGGAUGUGGUUCACUACAUCUUGACCCAUUUUAAGUGGGUCUGGAACAUCAUCAACAAAACCUUCAUCAGGGACACACUCAUGCGCAAAGUUCUCACAGUGAGAGCCAACCUGAUCCCCAGCCCUCCGACGUACAACUCGAAAUAUGACUACAUCAGCUGGGAGGCGUAUUCGAAUGUGACGUACUACACACGGUUGCUGCCUCCUGUGCCUGUGGAUUGCCCAACGCCAAUGGGGACCAAAGGAAAGGCUGAACUCCCAGAUCCCGAGAUCAUAGUGGAUCGGUUCCUGUUGAGAAAAAAGUUCAUUCCUGACCCGCAAAAAACCAGCCUGAUGUUUGCGUUUUUCGCUCAGCACUUCACUCACCAGUUUUUUAAGACCCACAACCGACUGGGACGGGGCUUCACCAAAGCCCUGGGGCAUGGGGUGGACGGGGGCCACAUUUAUGGGGAUAACUUGGCACGUCAACAAGGGCUCAGGCUUCAUAAAGAUGGAAAGUUGAAAUAUCAGGUAAUCAAGGGAGAGAUGUACCCACCGAGCACGACGGAGGCCCAGGUCAACAUGAGCUACCCAUCCAUUGUUCCCGCGGACAAGCAGAUAGCUAUUGGGCAGGAGGUCUUCGGCUUGCUCCCAGGGCUGCUGAUGUACGCCACCAUCUGGCUGAGGGAGCACAACCGGGUGUGUGACAUUCUGAAGAAGGAGCACCCCACCUGGAGCGACGAGCAGCUAUUCCAGACGGCUCGUCUCAUCAUCAUUGGGGAGACCAUUAAGAUCGUGAUUGAAGAGUAUGUCCAGCACCUGAGUGGCUACCACUUGAAGCUGAAGUUUGACCCCGAGCUCCUGUUUGGUGAUCAGUUCCAGUACAGAAACAGAAUUGCUGUGGAGUUCAACCACUUGUAUCACUGGCACCCUCUGAUGCCAGACAGUUUUCAAAUCAAAGGAGAGGAGAUUACCUACAAAGACUUUCUCUUCAACACCUCCAUUCUCUUCACCUAUGGAGUGGAAACACUUGUGGAAUCUUUUUCUAAACAAAUAGCUGGCCAGAUAGGAGGAGGACGGAACAUUCACCCUUCUGUAAGGCAUGUAGCUGUAGGGGUCAUUGAAGAGUCCCGGCUUCUGAGGCUGCAGCCUUUUAACGAGUACAGGAAGAGGUUUCACUUGAAGCCCUACGAAUCCUUCUCCGAGUUCACAGGUGAUGCACAGGUUGCGAAAGAACUGGAGGAGUUAUAUGGAGACAUUGACGCACUGGAAUUCUAUCCCGGGCUGAUGCUAGAAAAAACUCGGCCCGAUGCGAUUUUUGGGGAAAGUAUGGUGGAAAUGGGAGCUCCCUUUUCUCUUAAAGGCCUUCUGGGAAAUCCAAUUUGUUCCCCUGAGUACUGGAAGCCAAGUACAUUUGGAGGGCAAACAGGUUUCGACAUUGUGAACUCGGCUACUCUUGAGAAACUGGUCUGCUUAAACGCCAAAACGUGUCCAUACGUUGCUUUUCAUGUUCCUGAAACGGAUUUGGAUGACUCUGGAAAAACGAAGAAACCAUCCACGGAGCUUUAACUUCACAUUAGCUUUAUGUAACGUCUCUGAAGGCUGCCUUUUGAAUGAAAAAUGAUUGUAAAGACCUGAUUUAAUGUUCUGUCCGCAGUAUCCCAUUAAACACUGGAUUUGCCUUUUUGCUAUA